GCACGCGGAGUGGGUCCGCCGAGGUCUGCUGUCACGAGUUCCCGCAUUUUGCGACUAAUGGAGAGCGGAAAGUUCUUUCCUCUCUACUGUAGCAGUUUGUUCUCUGGUGGCGACUGUGCUCAGCGACGAGUUAGAGAGUAUAGAAAAGGCAGGAUAAUCAGCAGUUGAGGGUCAGAGAAGAAAAGAAAACGCAGUUAAUUCUAGAAGGUUUUCUGUCCACACGUGACCUAGGUGACCCUGUCCUGAAGACCUAUGGAGCCUGCGACUUCCCUGCGUUCUUGCCAGUUAGCCUCCCUUUUCUUCUUGGUCCUCAGCCUGUUUGUGCUGGUCUCAGCCCAGUUUACUGUCAUAGGAUCAACUGAGCCCAUCCUGGCCAUGGUAGGAGAGAACACCACACUAUACUGCCACCUGUCACCAGAGAGAAAUGCAGAAGAGAUGGAGGUACGGUGGUUCCGGUGGCGUUUCUCCCCUGCAGUGCUGGUGUACAGAGGCCAUCGAGAGAGACCAGAGGAGCAGAUGGUGGCAUACCGAGGAAGAACCACCUUCAUGAGCACAGACAUCAGCAAGGGAAGAGUUGGGCUUGUUAUUCACAAUGUCACAGCAUAUGACAAUGGCAUCUACAGCUGUUACUUCCAGGAAGGCAGGUCCUAUGACCAGGCAGUCAUGGAGCUUAUGGUGGCAAGCCUUGGCUCUGAGCCACUUAUUAAAAUGAAGACACUUGAAGAUGGGAGCAUCUUGCUAGAGUGCACAUCUGAAGGGUGGUACCCAGAGCCCCGAGCUGUGUGGAGAGACCCCUAUGAUGAAGUUGUACCUGCCCUGGAGGAGGAGUAUACAGCUGACAGAGAAGGCCUCUUCACAGUCACCAUGACUAUAAUCAUCAGGGACUGCUCUGUGAGGAACAUGACCUGCUCCGUCAACAACACUCGGCUCAGCCAGGAGUUGGAAAGUGUGAUUCUCAUUCCGGAAUUCUUUGUGCCCAGCUUUCCUCUGUGGAUGGUGGCUGUGGCUGUCACUCUGCCUGUAGUAAUGCUGAUUCUCUUCACAUCUGGAAGCGUCUGCCUUGUCAAGAAACACCACAGGAAGAAAUUGAUUCUGUCAGCUGAAAAAGAAGCUGAAUAUGAAGAGAAGGAAGCUGCACGGCAACUUCAAGAGGAACUGCGAUGGAGACGAACCCUCUUACAUGCUGCUGACGUGGUCCUGGACCCAGAUACAGCUCAUCCUGAGCUCUUCCUGUCAGAUGACCGGAGAAGUGUAAUACGAGGCCCUUCAAGGCAGAGUGUGCCUGACAACCCUGAGAGAUUUGACUGCCGUCCAUGUGUCCUGGGCAGGGAAACCUUCUCCUCAGGGAAGCAUUACUGGGAGGUGGAGGUGGAAAAUGUAAUGGUGUGGGCCAUUGGUGUUUGUAGAGACAGUGUGGAAAGGAAAGGGGAGGCCCUGUUGGUUCCUCAGAAUGGCUUCUGGACCCUGGAGAUGUUUGGAAGCCAGUAUCGAGCCCUGUCCUCCCCAGAAAAGAUCAUACCUCUGAAAGAGCGUCUUCACCGUGUGGCUGUCUUUCUGGACUGUGAAGGUGGAGAUAUUUCUUUCUACAACAUGAGAGACAGAUCACACAUCUACACAUGUCCUCCUGUGAGGUUCACUGGGCCCCUGAGACCUUUCUUUAGGCUUGGUUCUGAUGACAGUCCCCUGUUCAUCUGUCCAGCAUUCACAGGGGCACAGGGAGUUACAAUACCUGAGGGUGGCUUAUUCCUAUAUAAGACAAGACCAAUUUCUCAGAGCCUUGUAAGGAAGCCAUAGCUCUCAGCACAGUACCAUCUGGUGGAGACUAGACCCCGUGUCCUUCCGGUCACGUGGGGCAUCUUCCAGCUGCCGCCUUCACACAUACUUGAGGCCCAGACCUCAGAUCCCUACAUCAUUUCUUCUAACUAUGGGCCCAAGUAGACCCAGUCUUAGGGGACUGUUGCUGUGAUACGGCUCUCUCCUGAGAAGAAAGUGUGAGAAGGGCAGAAAACUUGGAGUUUCAAUAUGCUGCUUUGGUCACAGUGGAUAUCAGGCAAGAACAACAGGUUGCAUCAGGAUGUAAGAAGUGAGAACUGCAGAGGAAGGAGACAGAUAAAGACAAAUUGAGGCCAAAGAUGGAGGAAAUGGACUGGAGGGCUCCGGGAUAAGCCCUAUAUGACAGCUGUGGAUAGGUAGGAGCUAAUGGUCCAUUGAUAGCUAAAGCCAAAGAUUUAAAUAUCACAUAAUGUGUCUGGAGUGUGUAUCUGUAGACCUACACAUGAGAAGAGAUAAUCAUAGAGAUGAUCUGGAUGUAAGUGGCUCAGACAUCCCUACAAUAAACACUCACUUCUGAGUUC